AUGGCCGACAGCGGCCCAGGGGACUACCCGCCCUCGAGGGACUCUCGUCUCCCUACCCCUCCGUCCCAAAAUCCCCGUCGAAAGCACCAGAGAAAAUCGAGACGCAACAGCAUGUCCGAUCCUCCUGACGAGAACACCUCGCUCCUUCGCUCUUCGCGCUCUCGCAUACGCAUACCGGGCUCUACCGACACCCCUAACCGCCCAGCCCACCUUUCGCGAAACCAUAGCUACCACAGUCCGUUCUCUACAAGUCCUCCCCUUUCACCCUCACUUAUACCUCGACCUAAACUUCUGACGUCUCUUAUAGACACUUCAUACUACGGCUCUACCAGACACCAUGGCCGGAAUGAAUCCUGGAGCCAGCGGCUAGUACAGGCUCUCACAGACCGCCAGGAUCCCAUGACCGAGUCCAAAUUCUCCAUCGCCCCAGAUGAACGUAUCUGGUACGACCAGUUCACCUGUACCGACUGGGUUCACGAUGGCAUCGCCGACGCCCACCGCAUGAAACAACUGCGAAACCGCAAAGAUUGGUGGGGUCGGCUCAUUGUCUUGUUCGACGGCGCUCAAGGCUGGAUACUCAGUGCUGUUGUCGGCGUCUUAGUGGCCUUGCUAGCCUAUUGUGUUAACGUGGCUGAGGGAACAAUAUUCGAUUUUAAGGACGGUUAUUGUGCAAGGGCGUGGUACCUCCGAGAAAAGCGAUGCUGCCCCCAUGGACUUUGUACGGACUGGGUGUCUUGGUCGGAAGUACUGGACGGCAACCCUGUUGGGGAUAAGUGGACUCAAUUCAUUGUUUACGUCGUUGCUGUUGUGGUUUUCUCCGGCGUGGCCUGUCUCUUGACUUUAACCACCAAGACGAUUGUACCGUCCGCUUACAGGAUGUCAACUCUUGACGAGAAUCUAGCUGCAGAGCAUUCGCAAAUGCCCAUGGAUCUUGAUAACGAGGGUGAAAGUGGCUCUGUGAGCCCGACACAGACGCCUCCGCAAGAUGAGUCGCUACAUCCCCCGAUGGUCUACUACUCAGCAGCAGGCAGCGGGGUUGCCGAAGUUCGUGUUAUUCUCAGCGGUUUCGUACUUCACGGAUUCCUUGGGCUUAAGACGCUCAUUAUCAAAUCGGUCGGCCUCAUCAUAAGCGUUGCCUCGGGCCUCAGUCUUGGAAAGGAAGGCCCUUACGUGCACAUUGCCACAUGUAUCGGCAAUAUCAGUUGUCGUUUGUUCAAUAAAUACGAUCAAAACGAUGCGAAGAGGCGAGAGGUUCUCUCAGCAGCAGCGGCAGCAGGUGUGGUCGUCGCGUUUGGCGCUCCUAUCGGUGGCGUCCUUUUCGGGUUGGAGGAAGUCGCCUAUUUCUUCCCUGCCAAGACUUUAUUUCGAACCUUCUUUUGCUGUAUUGUCGCAGCCUUGUCUCUAAAGUUUCUCAAUCCCUAUGGUACCGAUAAAAUUGUCUUGUUCGAGGUUCGGUAUAAGAUUGAUUGGGAGUGGUUCGAACUAGCCGGCUUCAUUCUCGUGGGAAUACUGGGCGGUGCGGCUGGAGCCUUCUUCAUCAAGGCGUCCCGUCGCUGGGCGUUGAGCUUUCGAAAGAUCAACGUAAUCAAAAGAUAUCCGCUCGUCGAGGUCAUUCUUGUGGCUUUGGUCACCGGACUGAUUAGUUAUUGGAAUGUCCUCACUAAGUUGCCCGUUGCGAAGCUUCUACUCAAUCUAGCCGCUCCUUGCGAGAACGAUGAGCUGGAUGACGAGCUGGGGCUCUGCGUGUCGAGCAUUGAUGACAUACCCGGUGUAAUUCUGAUGCUCCUCGCGGCGUUCGUCAUUAAGGGAUUUCUGACCAUCAUCACUUUUGGUAUCAAAGUCCCUGCCGGAAUAUACGUUCCUUCCAUGGUGGUGGGCGGCCUGAUGGGCCGCAUCAUUGGCCAUCUUGUCCAAUGGGUUGUCCUUCGAUUUCCACAUUGGGCGAUAUGGGGAACAUGCCCACUGAUACAACAGUCUACUUGUGUUCAGCCUGGAGUUUACGCUCUUAUUGCCGCCGGCUCGACGAUGUGCGGUGUAACACGGCUCUCAGUUACUCUCGCAGUCAUUUUGUUCGAACUCACUGGCAGCCUUGACUAUGUACUACCUUUCUCCUUGGCAAUCUUGGUCGCAAAAUGGACGGCUGAUGCCUUAGAGCCAUUAAGCAUUUACGAUCUCUUGACUAUGAUGAACUCAUACCCUUACCUAGACAACAAGCACAAACCUAUCUUCACGGGCGAACUCGCGGAUAUUGUGCCUCGAGUUCGUCGUGAGCGAGUCAUCGAUAUUACCAACUCACCCCUUGUACCGGCCACGAGCCUAAGGGCCAAGUUAGAAGUACUCCACAAGGCGGGAGAGCUCGAUGGGGGGCUUCCGAUUAUUAGAGAUGAUGUGCUGGUUGGACUAAUUCCAGCCCCAGACCUGGAAUAUGCUCUGGAUAACCUGAAUGACGAGAGCUCGAGUCUCUGUUUGAUGGUACACAUUCCGAACAUAGACGAGGACGACGACGACAGUCCAGACCCCACCGAUUUUACACAAUACAUUGAUCCAGCCCCAGUAGCAUUAGACAUCAAAUCCCCACUAGAGUUGGUUCAUGAGUGUUUUGCCAAGCUCGGUCUUCGAUAUAUUUGCGUACUGAAAAACGGGCGGUACGCUGGCAUGACACACAAGAAGCGGUUUGUGAAAUACGUGCGCGAACUUGAAGAGGAAGAGCAUAGAUCAAGAUAG